UUGGUAUGAGGGUCUGCGCUGGAUUUUAUCGAUCUAGGGUUAGGGCUUCUUAUUCCAUUAUGGUCGCAAGCGAGCUCAUCGCGAGAACUCGCGUCAUCGAAUUCGAUCUAUGGUCACCGCAGAAGGUUAGAAUUUAGAUAUUUGCUGUUGAGUUGAAGCCCUAAUCUCACCAAUGGGUGCUCCCAAGCAAAGAUGGACACCAGAGGAAGAAGCUGCUCUCAAAGCUGGAGUACGUAAGCAUGGGGUUGGCAAAUGGCGCACAAUUUUGAAAGAUCCAGAAUUUAGUGGUGUAUUAUCCAUGCGAUCUAAUGUUGACCUCAAGGACAAGUGGCGGAAUAUUAAUGUAACUGCAUAUGGAUGGGGAUCUCGAGGAAAGGCCAGGGCAGCUUUGAAAAAGAGCCGACAGAUCUCCAGGCAUGAUGGUGCACUAGUGUCUGUUGGAACAACGGUCGAGGAUACAGACACAGAAAUUAUUGACGCCAAGCCUCUUACCAUGUCUAGUGAACCACAUCAAACUACUGGUCAGAAGAGGUCUCUGUUCAGGCUAGACACUCUGAUACUGGAAGCUGUAACAAAUUUGAAGGAGCCCGCUGGGUCUGACAAGGCAGCUAUUGCCAUGUAUAUAGAGGAUCGGUAUUGGCCUCCCACAGAUUUUAAACAGUUGUUAUCAGCAAAAUUGAAGGCUUUAACUUCAAGUGGGAGAUUGAUCAAGGUGAAGCGCAAGUAUAGUACACCAUCAAGUUCAGCUUUUUCAGAAGAAAAAAGCUCCAAGCUUUUGCUUCUUGAGGGAAGACAAAGGGAAUCAAGGGUUGAUAUCAAGCCCCUCUUAAAAUCUCAAGUAGAUGCUGAAUUAGCACGAACACAAAGUAUGACUGCUCAGGAAGCUGCAGCUCUUGCUGCUAAAGCAGUUGCAGAGGCAGAAGCUGCAAUUGCAGAAGCCGAAGAAGCGGCGAGAGAGGCAGAAGCUGCUGAAGCUGAUGCAGAAGCAGCUCAAGCUUUCGCUGAGGCAGCAAUGUUGACACUGAGAAAUAAAAAUGCUACUAAACUGAUGAUUCAAGUCUGACAAGGGCGACUCAGCUUUUUACUGCAUGCAACUUUGCAAUACAUACCUCAUGGCGGGUUUGUCAUACAUGUAGAUAUAUGUUCAGGUUUUGUAUAGCUUAUAUUGUGAAGAUCUUCCAUAAUGUUCAUGAAUUAUGAACCUGGUCACUUUGUUUGUUUGGAUGGUCGACCUGGGAGAUUGCUUUAUCUUCAAUCUUCCACAUUAUUGUUUCAUAGAACAAUUUCUGGUUGGCAUGCUAUAUAAAGUAGCAAAUGGGGGCUGUUUCGGCAGCUUGAGUUUGUUUUGUUUAUA